UCCUCUUUUAAAUUAAUCCUAUCCUUGCUAUUUACAACCAUAUUUGCUACCAUAGCAAUUAAAUUUACUCUCUCUCUCUCUGCUCUUCAUCCUGGCUAGCUUGCUAGUUCAGCAUUACAUGCAAAGAGAGGAACAAGAAAUUCAAAGAAUGGAUGGUUCUGUUCAUCAUAUUGUGCCAUCUUUCUUUAUCUGCCCAAUAUCUCUUCAAAUUAUGAAAGAUCCGGUUACUAUAUCCACAGGUAUGACCUUUGAUCGAGAAAGCAUACAGAAAUGGCUUUUCUCUUAUAAAAACAUCGCUUGUCCUAUUACAAAACAACCUCUCUCUGAUUUCCGUCUCACCCCAAACUCUAAUCUUCGUCGCUUGAUCCAAUCAUGGCACUUGCAACACGCAUCAUCAUCAACAACAAAGUUUGCGGAGCCUAAUCAUGAUUCGUUGAUGAAAUUGCUUCUUGAGGAGAUUAAGCAACCCCAUUUACAGAUUACUGGUAAUUACACAACGGUGAUCGCUGAAGCGGUGUCUUUGUUAUGUCUUUUAAGUCCAUCUGAUGAGGCAUUAAAGAUGGUUUCACAAAAAGAAAAUGGCCUAUUAAUCUGUUCACUCUGUUCAAUUAUGACACGGUAUCUGAGCAAUCUACAGCUUAGAAUUCAAGCUGCUCUUGUCCUGAAGUCCAUAUUCGAAGUGGUAGAUGACAUUUACAAGGAAGGACUUAAAUUUGAGUUCUUUGAGAAUAUCAUUGAGAUAUUAAAGGACCAAAAUUCAAAACAUGGAAGCAUGGCAGUUUUAGCUAUUUUAAUAAGAGUUUUAUCAUAUGGGAAGAAUAAAGAGAAAGCUAUUAAGGGAGGAUGCAUUCCGAUCCUGAUCGAGUUGCUAGCUGAGGAAAAUGAGAGGCAUGUCUGUGAGAUGAUGUUAGUCGUUCUAGAAAAACUGUGCCAGAAAGCAGAAGGGCGGGCGGCCUUUUUGUCACAUCCAGCAGGCAUGGCAGCUGUGGUGUCAAAGAUCUUGAAGGUUUCCCAUGUUGGAGAUGAUAAAUCAAUAAGUUUGCUGUCACGUGUCUUAAGAUUUUGUACUAGCAGUGGUGAGGCUGCUCAAGAAUUUAUGGAGGUGGGUGGAAUGACUAAGAUUUGCUUGGUGAUACAAAGUGGAUGCAAUUCAAAGACCAAGGAAAAGGCCAGGGAAAUUUUAGGGUUUCACUUCAAAACAUGGAACAAGUCUCCUUGUUUCCCCUCUUCAUUCAAAGCUUGAUUAAUUACCUUGCGUCCACAUUGUAGAGAGAAUCAUUAAUUUCUUGCAAAAGCUAUACUUAUGUGAAUUAUUUUUUUCCUGGA